GGAAAGGAAAGGGGUUUGGCAGGCAAGCGUAGACUUUAAAUCCGCAUCUAAAAAGUAUAUAAGCCCUCCUUAAUUCUUUAAUUUAUUCGUUAUUACUUUUGUCUGGCGUAUAAAAAAAAGUACAUAUAAUAUUUUUUUUAUGUGAUGAUAAACUCGUCUUAGUGACAUUGGAAGGUCUCCGGCUAGGUUAUCCUGCUAGUUGCUAACAAAGAGACGCGGAAGUGACCGACACAAGUGUUGUGAUUGUGUGAACAUGUGCAAAGUACAAAUGCUGAGAGCGUUGGUGAAUCGGCGACUUACUGCGGCUGUUGAAGAAAUAUUUGUGGUGUUGGAAAGAACGAUAGCAGAGUACGAGGAUGAACUUUCUCGAACAAAAGAGGAGAACGAGCGACAACGUCAACAACUGGACGCUGCUUUCAAGAAGCCUCAAGAUGAACUACACAGAGAAGACAUCUGUGAAAAAGAUAUUCCCCCUAAGCAGCAGGAGUGGAGCGGUAGGGUGGAGCAGGAAGAGCCACAGCCCCCCCACAUUAAAAAGGAAAAUAAGGAGCCACCUUACAAUAUAAAUGUAGAGAUGGAGCCACUGCCCCCCUACAUUAAAAAGGAAGAGAAAGCGCCACAGCCACCCUACGAUAAACAUGUGUACAUUAAACAGGAAGAGGAGGAUCACAGUAUCAGUCAGGAAGGAGAGCAUCUGGAAGGACUGGAGGAGUUCCCAGUGAUUGUUGUCCCCGUGAAGAGUGAAGAUGAUGAAGACAAAGGUGAAAGUGAGGAGAAGAGAGAGGUGGAGCCUCCAAGCAGCAGCUCAACUAAACACAUGACAACAGAAGCUGAUGGAGACCACUGUGGAGGAUCACAAGCAAAUAACCACUUAGCUCCACUAUCAGAUAGUGACGACACAACGUCACACUCUCCUGACACUGAUGAUGAAGACUCUAAAGCUGAUAUGUCAUGUCACACUGACAACACACGCUUUAAAUGCUCUCAGUGUGACAAAACCUUUAGCCACAAAAAGAAUCUGAAUAGACACAUGAGAUAUCACACCGGAGAGAAACCAUUCAUGUGCUCAUUCUGUUGUAAAGGAUUCUACGAGAAGGCUCAUUUGAUAACACACACAAGAAUACACACUGGAGAGAAACCUUUUUCCUGUUCAAUAUGUGGAUUAUGUUUUGUGCGGAGUCAGAAUUUGAAAAUGCACAUGAGAAGGCACACUGGGGAAAAACCCUUUUCCUGUUCAGUGUGUGGUACAGGUUUUGUACAAAAUCAAGAUUUGAAAAAACACAUGAGAAGACACACUGGGGAAAAGCCCUUUACCUGUUCUGUUUGUGGCAUGGGGUUUGUGCGAAAUGAACAUUUGAAAAUACACAUGAGAAGACACACUGGGGAAAAACCAUAUUCCUGUCCAAGCUGCAACAAAAGCUUUUGUGACCGAACACCACUUGUCCGACACAUGAGAACACACACUGGUGAGAAAGUGUUUAGUUGCAGUGUGUGUGGUGAAAGAUUCUCUUAUAAGUACCAGCUUAACAAUCACAAGUGUGCUGGUGAGAACAGCAGCAAUAAAUGAAGCUGCAGGGUUUGAAAUGCAGUAAACUGUGAAGACUUUGAUAACUUUCUAACAACAUCAGCACAUAAGGUGUGUGACAUAAUUGUUAUGUGUGUAACACAAUCUUGUUAAUGUGUUUCUACCAUUUCAAUGUAAU